AGUCUUUAAUUUGAGUUCGCUGUGGUAACAAGUAUUGGAAAAAUAAAUAUGACUUAAACAUAUAUUAUGAAAUUUGUGUAAAAAGUUUCACUCUUUGCUAUAUGCAAUAGUGAGCAGUGCAAGGCAAGAAAAUAUAAACAUUCGAGGUGGAAACGUCUUGCUGUAUAUAAGCAUUUAUAACUAUGUAAACAUAUAUAUAUGUAUAUAGAAAAAUUAAACUCUGCACUCUCGCAAGCAGUGAAAAGGAAUUAUUUUCAAUAUAGCAAAAGCUGAGAAGAGUUUAUUGAAGCUAUAGAGUAGGGGAGCAGUGAACAUUAAUAUAUAUAAAUAGUGGAUACACACACGUGAAAGUAUUUACUAUAUAUGAGAAUGAAAAAAAGUAUCAUGCUAAGUGUAUAACGCAUUAAAGUAAAGAGCAAAUGAAAAAAUGAAAAAUUAGUAUACCCACUGUGUAAAAAAAAAAUAGUCAAUAGUGUUUCGUAAUUAAACUGAAUCCGUAAUUGUUUCAUCGGUCAUUACGGCAAAACAGCAACAAAUAUAAGGCUUCAAAAGCUACAUGGAUAGCUUAAAUCUGGAUAAAUUGUCCUCACAUUGGCUGAGCAGCGCAAGCAACAGCACAGCAGUGGCAAAUUGACAACAAAGAUAGUAACAUUUGAAACAAAACUUGCUGCAUACCGUAAAUUCAUGGCUAUCGUGCCCUGUGACUUGGUAUAAUUUAAACGUUUGUGGUUAAUAUAGAAUUAUCGACACAAAAAUAUAGUGAAUUAAAAAAAAAAAAACAGAGCGCAAAUCAUAUCAGCAGUAAUUCAAUACUGCAGAUCGAAAGUCCCAGGCAUAAUUAAUUUAUUUUUAUAUUUUUAAUUUAAUAUUGUGUAAAUAAAUUAAAUUGGAUAUAACACGAAAGGACAUAAGUGUUACGAGGGCAUGUUUAGUGUGAUCGAAAGUGCGGUUAAGUGUCGUCUAUGGCCGAAUCCGUUAACAGUCAAUCGCUCUCUGCAGUGACGGAGGGGCACGACGACAGCGCCAUAGGAACUUCGGCGCCAACAACUGCUUCGACAACCGCAACAGCAAAAGCAACAGCAACAUCAACAUCAACAUCAACAUCAACAUCAACAAAAACACGACGCAGCAGACAAAUAAAAUAUAAACAACGUUCCGCAACACAAAAACAAUACAACACCCAAUAUAAGCCAAUCAAAUCUCAGCAAAAAUUUAAAAAUAAGAGCCAUAACCAACAACCAUCUAACACAUCAAAUAAUAGCGGAAGUGUCAGUGGUACCAGUAUCACGUCUACAACUAUAAUUCAACAACAACAUCCACGACAAUUAACAAAUAAAGCAUCAACUAGUGUAAGUAGUGCAAGUAAACGUGCCGAUAACAAAAAUCGCAGCACAUCAUCAGCAACAGGAACCGAAGUGAAUACCGCAAGUAAUAAUAAUAGCACCCACAUAGUAAGGAGAUCGUCGUCUAGAGGAGUUUCAAACAAUACCAGUGCUACAAUUGAAGGUACCACUUCAACUGGAAUAAAUUCCUUACGUAGUGAUCGUAAACGUCAUUACGGCCAGCAGCAAUUAAAAUCCACAGCUGCGGGUACUUCCAGUGCAGCCAAUAAAUCACCUUCUACUCAACAGAAGAUCAAUAAGGAUUCGGUUUCGCCACUUAAGAAGCGCCGUUAUCAUACUAACAUAUCUGCUUGUACAUCCACAUCAACACUCACAUCAGCAAACCCACCCAACAAAAAUUUCAUAUUUGCAUCAGCAGCCAGAUUAGACGCAGCAACAGGAGAAGCUAGCCCAAAUAGCAACAAUCAAGGAGAUUGUGUUGCCCAGCGGACUCGCUCUAAAACACUUACUACUGAGGACGCACACAACUUAGGACGUACUAUAACUAGUCGUAGCAGACAUUCAGCUCCACUUGAUUCCAUAAAGAAACAAACACGUCGCAGUGGAGGUUUAGAUAACGGUAGCGGCUUAAAUAAGGGCAAUUCCAUUGAAUCAGUUACAGCAGUAGUAGCAGCAUCAACAGGUACAGCGGCACAGCGAAUCAGUUUAAGCGCCAGCAGUAGCAGCGGCAGCGGCAGCGGCAGCGGCAGCAUUACAGGCCAUACAAAAAGUAACUUACUAAAUUAUUUUCGCAAAACACGUAAAAUCAGUCACAGUCGUACUGCAGCGCUCAACAAACGAGGAUCAACAUCUUUCACAGGCGAUAACGCGGAUAAUAGCAGUGAUAACAACCAACAGCAACAGCCACAACAACAACAACAAGAAAAGAAAAGUCGAAAGCUCAACCCAAGUACCGACGAAAAGAGCACUAAAACAAAUUCAAGGCAAAGUAAAAGUCUUCAAAAUAAUAACGUCAACACCAAUACAACAACGUCAUCUGGCCUACGUAGAAGUGAAUGUGGUGGUAGUGAUAAGAAAAGAAAUCAACAGCAAAACACUCGAAGCCUCUUAUCAGUUGUGGGCAGUCGUAAGAAAUUAAAUACGAAGUCCACAUCAACAACUAUAGCAGCUGUAGCAGUUGAUACAACAACUACAAAUACAGCACCAACAGAUACAACAGCUGUAGUAAACAGUACAGCAGGACCGUCGUGCAGCCGAACAUCGACCGCUGGUACUUCAGCUAGUGUCGAUAGAUACUGUAAAUAUCGCAAAAGUUUACGUAACUAUCAUCAGUUGAUAUCGUUUGUAAACGAUACAACUACUGCAACUGACAGCUCGUCUAUAGCUAAUAACGCUUCCAACGCAUCGAAUACAAAUUCGGUUGACGAGAGCGUUACGAACGAGAUAAGUAGCGGUGUGUUUGGUGUCGGAACCGUUGACGCCAGUGAAGAAGAGAACGAAAAUUCUGAAGAUAACAUUGGAAUAUACGACGACGAUAACGAAGGAGCUGAUUUAGAAGACGAUUCGAUUGUUGGGGAAGGUGACGUUGUUAUACGUGGCGACGGUGUUAUUGACGACGACGACGAAGACGAAGAAGAGGAAGACGUCGACGACGAAGACGACGACAUUGACGACGAAGAAGAGGAGGACGACGACGAUAUCGUUGAAGAAGAGGAGGAAGACGAAGAACUAGCCACUGAGGAUUCGGAGGAAGCUGUUGAAGGUAACCGCAAUAGAAAAACAAUUGAUUCGGAAAGCGUAAGCCUUUCUAAAAGCAACAACAAUAAGAAGGGGAAAAAGAGUAAAAAGAAAAGGCAAAGUUUGAACCCUUACCUUAUCAAAAGCAACAAAAGAAGCAGUGGAAACAGUGGAAGCAAUAGAAGAAGUGCCAGUAUAAAGUUAGGAAACGGAGAAUCAAGCAUAAAGAAGGUCGGCAUUACUGAUUCCGUAACCACAAUCACAGCUACGACGACGGGCUACAAUAAAGCCCCGAAUCUGGGGGCACGACAGACGCGCAGCAGCAGUGGCGGCAGCUCUGAUUUUGUCGCUGGGAGUUUAACAAGCACAGCCACAAUUGCGGGAAGUGUCAGAGGUGGUGCGCCCAUACCAGGUGUGGCGACAUCUGCAAUAUUUGAACAACAACCACCGCUCCAACUUCAACAGCAGCAUCUGCAUCAACACCAACACCAGCAAUCCUUGCCACAACACGCGCACUUGACGCACCCACUUAUUGCACACUAUAACCAGCCCGGACAGCAACAAGUGGCACCGCAAGUAAUACUAUCACAACAUCAGUUGCCACAGCAAGCCCAUUAUCUACACGUCCCAGCUGGUACCGGCGGUGUGCAUCACUAUUACAAUCCACAGGCGAACUUUCAACAUCGACAGCAUCAGCAACAACAACAUCAUAAUCAGCAACAACAAACGCGUUUGCAGCAAUUACAAUCGCACACACAACAACUACAACCACAAUCUGUACAUUUCUAUCACCCAACUUAUUCGAGCAACAGCGCGGUAGCCGCGACAACGGCCGCCGCUGCAGCAGUCGCCGCAUCAACAUCCGCUAUAUUAAAUUUAAAUUUUAAUCACUAUCAACCAACAGGACCCGUCGCUGGUGCAGCGUCAAUAAGCAACACACCGAUUAUCUAUCAGCAACAGCAGCAGCGACAUCAAGGGCCUCCACCGCCACCACUGCCGCAAGCGAUACAACAGCAUCAACAAAUUGCUGCACAAUCUCUGCAUCCACAAUUCGGUGGACGCUAUCACCAUACAAAUCCGCAUCAACAGCAGGCACCGUCUAUUUCAACGCUACCGUUACCUAUUACGCAUAUACAAUCAGAAACACCACAGCCUUUGCACCGCAUUCCACAUUCACUACCGCCGCCCACAGCAGUAGGAGCAACAGGAACCGUAUCGACGCAUCACCAAAUACAUCCGGCAACAAUUGAUAUUGGAUUAGGUGCUUCAACGUCUUUUAAACAGCAUCUAAACGCGCCAGUGCCAGGUCAGCAGAGUUACGGAGGCAAUAACAAAGCACUCGUUGCAGGAGUAGGAGGAGUUGGAGGAGGCUCCAGUUCGACGGCGGCAGGCACAUCGGGAGCGACAUCAUCACAUACUUCACAUUCGCUGAGGCGCAGCUCACGAAGCAAAACGGGUUCUUGUGUCAGUUCGGCAGCGCAACACGGCAGUGGUAGCGGGAGUGGAAGCGCAAGUGGCCAUGCGGGCGGGGGUAGCAGCAGCCUCGGCGUGCAUAAUGCAACAGUUGUAUCAGCACCAUCGCUAUUAACGUCAUCGUCGACUGGUGGCGGCGGCGUUAGCGGUGCCAUGCCGUCGACAGCUGCCGCUGCCACUGGAAAUCACCAUCAAUACAAUCCCCACCAUCCACAACAUAUACACGCCCCCGCGUACGCUCAUCAUCAUCAUCAUAAUCAUCUGGUGCAGCAACAAUCACAGCAACAACAACAGCAACAGCAACAUCAUCAGCACAUGCUUCAUCAUUCGGUUGCUGCACCGGGUGGUGCCGUUGUUGUUGCCAUAGGUACAACCCAGCAAAAUCAAGGCACAUCGUUAUUUCAACAACACAAUCGCCAACAACAACAGCAACAACAACUACAACAACAGGCACAUCAUCGCGCCACAAUAGUGCAACCCGGUUUCCUUUACAGCUACCGCACUACUGCUGCUGCUGCCAAUGCCCAUUCGACAGCGAUGCCAUCGAGCCACUUCGUUGGUGCGUCGUCUGCGAGUGCUGCCGCCAUCGCCGCCGCUAAUGCCAACAUAACCACCGCUGCUGCCAAUACCGCCGCCGCUAGCGUCGCCACUGUCGCAACGAAUAGUAGCCACAUAAAUAUGAAUAUGCAUAAUAAAGCGAGCGCUUCUGCGGAUGCGUUAAGUUAUAGUUUAAUGGCCCAACAACCGCCGACAGGACCGCCCAACACAGGUGGACAAUCGACUACAGCUAACCUCAGCGUUACCACCGCCUUGGGCGCCGCCAAUACAAAUCUAGCAAAUAACGCCAGCACGGGUGGAGGCACGGGUGCCGGUGCGGGCACCGCUACCGCAACGGCUACAAAUACCGGUACGGGCGCCACUGGUGCCCCCACCUCGCACGCCGACUCGGAGAGCGAUGACAGUGAAGUGGGGCGUCUGCAAGCGUUACUGGAGGCGCGUGGUUUACCACCACACCUCUUUGGCGCUUUGGGACCACGUAUGACGCACAUCCUACACCGAACCAUUGGCAACAGUAGUUCCUCGAAGGCCCAACAAUUAUUGCAAGGCCUACAAUCUAACGAUGAGAGUCAACAGUUACAAGCUGCAAUCGAGAUGUGCCAAAUGUUAGUGAUGGGAAAUGAAGACACACUUGCUGGUUUCCCAAUCAAACAGGUUGUUCCGGCUUUGAUCACAUUAUUGCGUAUGGAAAACAAUUUCGAUAUUAUGAAUAAUGCCUGUCGUGCACUCGCGUAUAUGUUGGAAGCUCUGCCACGCUCUUCGGGCACUGUGGUGGAGGCCGUUCCGGUAUUUCUUGAAAAACUGCAGGCCAUACAGUGCAUGGAUGUGGCGGAACAGAGUUUGACAGCACUGGAAAUAUUGUCGCGCCGUCACAACAAAGCAAUUCUGCAAGCUAAUGGCGUAUCGGCAUGUCUAACUUUUCUGGACUUCUUUUCGAUUAAUGCACAACGUGCAGCACUUGCCAUCACAGCGAACUGUUGCUUAAAUUUGCACCCGGAGGAGUUUCAUUUCGUUGCUGAAAGUCUACCACUAUUGGCUCGGUUAUUAUCACAACAAGAUAAAAAAUGCGUGGAGAGCGUUUGUUCGGCAUUUUGUCGCUUGGUGGAAAGCUUCCAGCACGAUCCGAAACGUUUACAGGAAAUCGCCAGCAAGGAGUUACUUAAGAAUUGUCAACAAUUACUAGUUGUUACACCGACCAUACUUAAUACCGGUACGUUUACGUCCGUUGUGCGGAUGUUGAGCCUAAUGUGCGGCAACUGCCCGGAUCUAGCCAUUUCUUUGUUAAAGAAUGAUAUUGCAUCAACUCUGCUUUACUUGCUUACUGGCAAUGCCGAGCCCAACACCUCAACAGCUUCACAUGUAGAACUUAUUACACGCUCCCCAUCAGAGUUAUACGAAAUUACUUGUUUGAUUGGUGAAUUAAUGCCACGUUUACCAACCGAUGGAAUUUUCACUGUGGAUGCGUUGCUGGAUCGCCCAACACUUAACACUCAGGAUCAAGUUCAAUGGCAAUGGCGUGAUGAUCGCGGCACUUGGCAUAACUAUUCCACGAUUGAUUCACGUAUGAUUGAAGCUGCCCAUUUGAAUUCGGACGACGAGUUCAGUUUGAGUACACUAGGACGUACAUACACCGUCGACUUCCAUUCAAUGCAACAGAUAAACGAGGAUACUGGUACUACUCGGCCUGUACAGCGUAAAAUAAAUCCAAAUUAUGUUCCACCGCCGCCUCCACCAUCUGCUGCUUCAUCAUCAGCUUCAGCUGGGCAAGAUUUGUCGACAUCUGCGGUAGCCACAGCGAUUACAGCUUUAUCUAAUACAGUAGCAAAUACAGCUGCAAAUACUUCGGUGCAAUCCAGUACGUCCAACACCUCACCAAACACUCCAGCUACCAGUAGUUCUCAACAACGUCGUCGCGCCUCGGUCGAUGCACGAAUUGCAUGUCUUAAGGAGGAACGAGGUUUGGCUGCGGAAUUUAUUAAGAACCUCUUUAAUGUUCUUUACGAAGUGUACAGUUCAUCUGCUGGACCGAAUGUACGCUAUAAGUGCUUGCGCGCGUUAUUGCGCAUGGUUUAUUAUGCCACACCUGAACUUUUAAGGGAUGUGUUAAAAAAUCAGCUCGUUUCCAGUCAUAUAGCAGGUAUGAUGGGUAGCAAUGAUUUGCGAAUUGUAGUCGGUGCACUUCAAAUGGCCGAGAUAUUGAUGCAAAAACUGCCAGACGUAUUCGGUACACAUUUCCGUCGCGAAGGUGUAAUUUAUCAGGUCACACAACUCACCGAUCCCAACAAUCCUAUAUGUGCCAAUCCUUCACCAAAACCGUUACCCGGUGCUAGCGGCUCCCAGAGUGCGCCACCAUCGGCCUCAGGUUUACAAGUAAAUCCAUUCUUUAUGGAUAAUGCGACGGCAGCAGGUACUUCAACGACAGCGGGUAGCUCGACACCAAAUACGUCAAAGCCAAGUGGUAGUCAAGGGCACCAUCAUCAGUACACAGUUAAGAGCUUUUCACAUGCAAUGAAUGCUCUAACUGCGAAUGCGUCAGCAACUAGUAAUGGUCAAAAGGUAACAUUGGCUAUGCCCCCAAGCACUGGCCCACUUUUAAUGCCACAAUUGCCUGCUGGCAGUGUGCAGCCACGUCAGCAAUCAGCUGGGUCCCUAGCGCUCACCAUUAACUCCAAUGCGGGUAUAACACCGCCGGUGACGGUUAUAGGGGCACCAGGCACAGCAGCAGACUUACAUUAUCACUACAGUAGCUCUGCACCACCUGCAGCAGGCCCACCUACACAUGCACAUCUGGGUCAGACGCCCAAUUUUUUCGUUUACUCUACAAGCGCCGCAGCUCCACCAUUGCCGCCUGGAGACCCUCGACAAUAUGUUCAUGGCCACUUCCAUCAUCCGCCACCACACUUCCAGCCUCAUCCACCACCACCACCAACACAUCAUGUUGAUCUGUUGCCAUCUUCAUCUAAUGCAACUGUUAGUGGAAAUCCACCAACCCUAUUGGGACAUACGCCACCUCAGCAACUUAUGCCACAAGUGGUAUUUGCUCCUACUACAAACGUAUGCGAUCCACACUAUCACAGUAGCAGCGGUAAUACUGGUGUGGGAGCCAUAAACACAGGCUCUUCGGCAGCUUCAUCUUCGUCCGCUUCAGCUUUGCAACAUAAAAUGUCCGACAUGUUAAAACGCAAGGUCCCACCGAAACGGAAAUCUCAGUCAAGCAGUCGAUCUAAGACGCGUCAAGAAGAGGGAGGAAGCUCCUCCACAUCAUCAAUGCAUGAUUUGCUCAGUCGUGCUACAAGUCUUGGUAGCAGUACCGGUCGUAACACACCAAGUGCGGGCGGGGGUAAAUCGCGAUUCAGCGGGGGUGGCGGAGCCAAUAGUGCUGGCACCAGCAGUAGUGGAAGCAGCUCAACCAAAACUUCAUUCCUCGCUUCUCUUAACCCCGCACGUUGGGGACGUCAAGGAUCUCACCAUAGUUCAUUUACCAAAGAUACGGGUAGUGCAAAUCACUCAGGCAGCAGUAAUAGUAGCAGUGCAGUGAGCGCUGCUCACGCUGCUAGCCAUAGCGGAAAUAAUGCCGCUAAUAGCAUCAGCAAAAGUAUAUCCAAUGCGAAUCUCAUUGCCGCAGGAAAUCGGGAGAAAGCACGUCAAUGGGUUCGUGAACAGUCCAUUUCAUUUGUAAAACGUCACGCCGAACAAGAGAAUGCAAUAUGCGAUGGUGGUGCCAGCGGCAGCAGUAGUACAGCCACGAGUGGUGGCACCAAUGUACUACAACGGUUAUCUACUAUUAUAUUUAAGCUAAAUGGUAGCUUCCAAGACUGUUUAGAUGCGUUACUUGAACUGAAAACAAUUUUACUAGAAAGUGACAUCUCACCAUUUGAAGUUAAUCAUUCAGGACUAAUCAAAUCAAUGCUGAAUUUCAUGACAUGCGAAGACGGCAUAGUGGACCGAGAUAGCCGCUUACGCUCAUUUAUGCAUGUAUUCGCCGGUUUGCCUUUGGAGCCAUUAAAGAAGGUGGGGCAGAUGCCAAAUAUAGAUGCCGUAGCAUUCAAUUCAUUUGUUGCGAAAUUAAAUGGUUGCGUUACGCAGCUAGAGCAAUUUCCAGUAAAAGUACAUGAUUUUCCAUCCGGACCAGGAGGGCGGUCUAAUACUAGUGCUCUAAAAUUCUUUAAUACACACCAACUCAAGUGCAACUUGCAACGUCAUCCUGACUGCACAAAUUUGAGGCAAUGGAAGGGUGGUACCGUCAAGAUUGAUCCUCUCGCUAUGGUACAAGCGAUUGAACGCUAUUUGGUUGUUCGCGGUUAUGGUGGUAUACGUGUCGAUUCAGAUGAUGACUCAGAAGAAGAUAUGGAUGACAAUGUGGCCGCUGUUGUGAUGUCACAAAGUGGUUUCAAGCAUAAAUUACAAUUUCUAAUUGGUGAUCAUGUUUUACCCUACAACAUGACUGUUUAUCAGGCUGUUAAACAAUUUUCGCCAUUGGUGAACGAUCAGUCGGAAACUGAUACCGAUACGGAGACGCCAUUGGGAAAUGCCAGUGUUUGGGUGCAACAGCACACAAUUUACUAUAGACCCGUAGAAGAGGAAGCCAGCAGUAGCAGUACUUGUGCUACCACUAGUGCCACCUCUAGCGUAAGCAUUAGUAAACAUGGUGGUAUCUCAUCUGCAUCAUCUUCAAGCGCUGCUGGUGCUUCAGGAUCGGGUAUGCAUACGCCAAUAUGUGGUGCAUCAUCGUCGAACACGUCUUCAUCAUCGAAAAAAAGCAGUAAAUCGUCAUCCAAGUUGCUACGUAAGAAAACCGAAUUGUGGCAUGAAGGUAUAGCGCCUAGUACGGUAUCAGCAUUAAAAGCAUUCCUUACAAGCACUCUGCCGUCCGACUUAGUCACUGUGCAAGAUGCUUCUUUAGAUGCUCUUUGUAUGCUACGCAUCAUAAAUGCACUCAAUCGACAUUGGGAACAGUUGUACGGCUGUGUACAUAAACAAAACAUUAUAUCACAAUCGGAAUUUGUGCAUCCAAAAAUUACCGCUAAAGCCAAUAGGCAAUUACAGGAUCCACUUGUUAUAAUGACUGGCAAUUUACCAGCAUGGCUGCCACAAAUUGGUAUGGCAUGCUCGUUCCUCUUCCCCUUCGAAACUCGUCAUUUGCUUUUCUACGCGACCAGCUUUGAUCGUGAUCGCGCCUUACAACGACUUUUGGACACAACGCCAGAUCUAAAUGCGGCUGAGUCGUCAGAACGUGUGGCACCACGUUUGGACAGAAGAAAACGUGCCAUAUCACGUGAAGAUAUACUAAAACAAGCGGAACAUAUUAUUCAAGACGUCGGCCACUCAAAGGCACUCCUGGAAAUACAAUACGAAAAUGAAGUUGGUACGGGACUUGGUCCUACAUUAGAGUUUUACGCCUUGGUGUCUGCUGAGCUACAGCGUUGUGAUUUGGGUCUUUGGAAUGGCAGUGAUAGUUAUAAACAAAACUCGUCGAAUAUAGCGGAUGUUGUAAAAUCCAGCACGAGUGUACAUAUCGACGACGCGAGCGAAGCUACGCCUAUUCAACAAGAUAAUACCGUUCCUAUGGGAAUGCCGGCUGGUACGACAAACGUACAAACAAACAGCACAACAACAACAUCAACAACAAGUUCCAUUACGGUUACGCGAUCAAGUAGCAGAUAUCAUCGAAGUGGAGACGGUCAGAAUGCUAAUAAUAGUGGCGGUAGCAGUAGUGGUAGCGGUAUGGGUAUGUCUACGCGUAGCCAUCACAGUCAUCAGCAACAACAACAAAGUAUGGAUCAUGGUGGCUCAUCGAUGUCGAAUGAAAAUGCUUUGAAUAUGAUAAUUGAACAGCAAAUUGGUGGCGAUGAAUUGCAACAACAACCACAACAACAACAAUAUAUUUCACCAUCAGAAGGUGGUGAUAAUUCAACAUCUGAGACCGCUACGAAUAAUACACCUGUUGCGACAAUAACAACAAGCACAUCCGUAAGCUAUGUAAAUGCGCUACACGGUCUUUUCCCAAUGCCACUGGGAAAAUCGUCAAAAUUACCACAUGUUUCGAAAUCCAAGGCGAAAUUCAAAUUCCUUGGGAAAUUUAUGGCUAAAGCUGUAAUGGAUAGUCGAAUGCUCGAUCUGCCCUUCUCAAUACCAUUUUAUCGGUGGCUAUUGAAUGAAGAACAUUCGGUCGGUUUAUCUGAGCUGGCAUGGGUUGCGCCUGAAGUACAAAGUACAUUGGUGCGCCUGCAAGAUGUGGUACACGAGCGUGAACUCAUAUUAGCCGAUCAAAACAUCGAUGCAAUGGAAAAGACUGAAAAGAUUGAAUCCCUUGAUUUGGACGGUUGUCCCAUAGCCGAUUUGGGCUUAGAUUUUGUAUUACCUGGAUAUGCCAAUAUUGAAUUAUGUCGUGGUGGUCGGGAUACGGCCGUUACUAUACACAAUUUACACCAGUAUAUUUCAUUAGUGACGUAUUGGUUCCUGAUUGAAGGUGUGCAGAAACAGUUUGAAGCAUUGCGUGAAGGAUUUGACUCGGUAUUUCCCUCACAACGCUUGCGCAUGUUUUAUCCUGAAGAAUUGGAGAGUGUCUUCUGUGGUUCAGGAGCCAGUAACUAUCAACGUUGGGAUGUUAAAAUGCUACAAGACUGCUGCCGCACUGAUCACGGCUUUACACAAGAUUCGCAAGCUAUACAAUACCUAUACGAUAUAUUGUCUUCGUAUAAUCGCGACGAACAACGACUAUUUUUACAAUUCGUUACUGGUUCGCCACGAUUGCCAACUGGCGGCUUCAAGUCACUAACACCGCAACUAACAAUUGUGCGCAAAACAUUCGAUGGCAAUCAGAAUCCAAAUGAUUAUUUGCCAUCUGUUAUGACAUGUGUGAAUUAUUUGAAAUUACCAGAGUAUUCCAGCCGAGAAGUGAUGCGACAGAAACUUAAAGUCGCUGCAAAUGAGGGUAGUAUGUCGUUCCAUUUAUCGUAAAUGCGAAAAUGUCCUGGAACUACAGUGUAAAAUAAAAUAAAAUAAAAAAUAACACAUAAAUGUGAACACAAGUUUAAUUAGUCGGGUGAUAUGAUAAAACUACAGUUCGUUGAUUAGGAAACUGAACUUCAGAAAAAACAUACAUAUAUGUAACUAUAUACCAAGCGAAAGAAAAUAUUUAAUGAGAAACUAUUAUGUAUGUAUAUGUAUAGAAACAAACAUAAGCAAACACACAUACACAUUUAAUCAUAUUCUUAUUUAAUGAAUUCAAUAUGAAAUAUGGAACGAAUUAAAGGGAAAGGAUAAAUAAAAUAUAAAAUGAGAAUAAAUUAAGGCAAAAAUAUUUUGUAUUAAAAUAUUAGACGGAUAAACAAACGAAGGAGAAUAACGCACAAGUGUAAACGCCUCACAUUAUACAUUAUAAAAUUAAUAUUAGAAGGUAAUGUAUAAUGUUAACGUUAAGUUUUGCAUUAACUGUGUAAACUCUCGAAAAAAUGUUGUGCGAAUUCGCGGUAGCAGUUCAUUGAUAAGUAAAUACGGUACCGAAUCAAUGCUGCGAAUUGUGCGUGUCAACGUGUUGCAUUGAAAAUAGAUAUAGAUUUUUUUUAUUCAAUAUUGUGAUGAAGCAUUUUUAUGCUGGAAAAAAGUAGAACCGCGGAAAGUAAGUUGAGGGUGCACCGUUUUGAAUAAAACUCCAUUCGUGCAUAUGUAAAAGAUAAAUUGAGUCGGAAAACUUGUGUAGCAAAGGCUAAUAAAAAUUUCGUAGAUAAUUUAACUAAAAAGAUAAGGGGAAAAAUUAAUAUGUUAAAAUAAGCUUAUUUGUUUCAUAUAAUUUAAAACAACUUUUUUUUUUGUAACUUAAGUUUCCCUAGUAAAGCUUAUGUAUCGAAUUAUUAAUAUAUGUAUAAUAUCAUCGCUAGAUCAUUGUGUUCUUUUUAUUUCUAAUAUUAAAACUGAUGAAUGCUAAAUAGUUGUUUUCGUAAUAAGUUUGUGCAUACAAAUAUUUAUGUUAUUUGUAUGUUUUUGCAAAACUCGUCAGGUAUUUUCACGUCGCAUCGUUCGACGUUUAUGUAAAUGAUUACAAAUAGUCUAAAGAAAAGUACACAAUUAUCAUGUUCAAUUCAAGAUUAAGCCAAAAUCUGAAAACUUAUGAGUAAAUGUAUAUUUAGUCUUUAUAACCCUAGCCAUUAAUGCUUGGAAUAAAAUAGACUUAAUCUG